UGGGGGUGGGGGAUACGCACUAUGUCAUUCGUGUGCGCCGCAGCUCGGUUGGACGGCGGCCUGCGCUCGGUGGAAAGCUUGAUUCCUACUCCUUCUCUUGAUGGAAAAUGAGAGAAGUGAAGGAACUGCAACUGAUUUCUAUACUGUAAUUUGAUCAAAAUGUUUUUGGCACUAGAAGGCUGAAUGUUCUUGCUUCUUAUGGAAAUAUUAUAAAUAACAAAUGACUAAGGUUUUGUAAAACUUAACCACCAGUGUGAAACAUGGAGAUGCAGCUAGACCCCAUGAAGGAUGACUUGCCCUUAAUGGCCAACACUAGCCACAUGCUUGUAAAGCACUAUGUACUGGACUUGGAUGUGGAUUUUAAAAGCCAAGUUAUAGAAGGAAUCAUAGUUUUAUUUCUGGAGACAGGGAGCAGAUACAGGAAAGCCAGCAGUAUUGGUGAAGAAGGCUGCCAGUCACACCUUAACAAAAUCUGUGAAACUGGGUCAUCAGAACCCUGCCAUGUUUCUGUGUCAAGUGCAAGUGUCAUUUCAUGUGAAGUGGAAUAUAGUGAUUUUGCUGUCAGUGGUGAAGGUAAAAAAGAUACUUCUGAUAAAAAUGGUAACCAUAGCAACAAGGAACAAGUUUCUGAGAUUUCUGGUUCAAAGAACUGCUGUGACACAGAGAGCCACGGGAACAAGGAUUUUCUGCUGAUAUUGGAUUGCUGUGAUUUAUCUGUGCUAAAGGUUGAGGAGGUAGAUAUUGCUGCUGUGCCAGGCAUUGAGAAAUUUGCCAUGUCUGCUGAACUAAUUGAUGUUUCAAAGGAGCUGGAAAAUCUCAGAAAUCAGAUUGUACACAAACUUGUGACUUUACCUUUGGAUCGCUGUCAGGAACAGCUAUACUAUUACACUUGCUGCAGCCAGGCACCUGGAUAUGGAGAGCUUGAGUUUACUUCUGGCAGCUGGAGCUUGGAGAUAAAGAAACAUGGAGUUCAGACUCCAGCAGAUUUUCCUCAUGCUAUAAGAAUACAGUACAAAACCAAACCUGAGGGAAGAUCUGUUACAUGGACUAAAGACCAGAGUGGCAGGCCAUGUGUUUAUACAAUGGGAUCACCGAUAAACAACAGAGCCCUUUUCCCAUGCCAAGAACCGCCCAUUGCCUUGUCAACAUGGCAAGCAUCAGUCCGAGCAUCUGCAGACUUUGUUGUAUUGAUGAGUGGUGAAAACUCAGCAGACCCAGUCCAGCUUCAAGAAGGUAUUUUGAGCUGGUACUACUAUGUAACUAUGCCAAUGCCAGCAUCCACCUUCACUAUUGCUGUGGGGUGCUGGCAGGAGGUUAAACAGCAAUGCUUCACAGCUGCUAUCCAGCCAGAAGAUGAGUUUUCCGUGCCAUUUUCACAAGCUGAUUUCAGAUGGAAUAAAGAAAGCUGUGGUCAUAUGGAAUAUCCCUGCCGUUUCCAAAAUCCUGCUGCCACGUUGCAAAGAGUCAUUCCCUAUAGAGUCUUUGCUCCCUUGUGCCUCAUGGAACACUGUGAAGAGCAUUUACUUCAGCUUAUUCCUCAGUGCCUCUCAGCUGCUUAUUCCACACUGGGCACACAUCCCUUUUGCAGGCUUGAUGUUUUGAUAGUUCCUUCAAACUUUUCCAGCCUGGGAAUGGCUAGCCCACACAUCAUCUUCUUGUCACAGAGUGUAUUGCCUGGAGGGAACCAUCUCUGUGGAACACGUCUGUGCCAUGAAAUUGCUCACUCUUGGUUUGGACUGGCCAUUGGUGCUCGUGAUUGGACUGAAGAGUGGAUAAGUGAAGGGUUUGCCACUUUUUUAGAAGAUGUAUUUUGGGCUAGGGCUCAACAGCAGCUGUCGCAUGAUGAAGGAAAAGAGCAGCAGGAAUUGAAAGCUUUACUUCGCUGGCGGCGACUCAGAGAUGAGGUGCAGAACUCUGAAGAAGAGCUGCAAGUUUUAAGGCCUCACAAGGAGAGUACGGGAGAAGUGAGUGAAUCUGGAGCAUCCAUUGUCAAACAUGGUCUUAAAGCAGAAAAAAUCUUCAUGCAGGUUCAUUAUUUGAAGGGUUAUUUCCUAUUGCGGUCUCUGGCAAGUACAUUAGGAGAGGCUUCAUACCUUGCAUCUUUACGAAAAUUUGUCCAUAAAUUCCAUGGACAGCUUGUUCUUUCUCAGGAUUUUCUUUCCAUGCUGUUGGAAGACAUACCUGAACAAAAAGAGCAAACGAGAACGAGGCCCGGGUUAACUGUUGAAAGUAUCUCCCAGAAUUGGCUUGACACUUCUGGCGUACCAAAGUCGCUGCUGAAGGAGGGCGAGACCUGGAAGGAGUGCAAGCUUGUGCAGCAAGUGAAUGCCGAGGUCACAAAAUGGAUUCAGGCAAACAAGAGGAUCAGAAAAAGCAGCAAAAAGAAAAGAAAGCAGGAUGAAGUUGUUUUUCAAAAGCUGCUCCCAGACCAGCUGGUCUUACUUCUGGAGUAUCUCCUGGAAGAGAAGACACUGUGUCCUAGAACACUGCAGCGCUUAGAGAAGACAUACCAGCUCCAUGACCAGGAUGCUGAGGUUCGUCAUCGGUGGUGUGAACUUGUUGUUAAACACAAAUAUGUGCCUGGAUAUGGAGAUGUUGAGAAAUUUCUCAGAGAAGACCAGGCAAUGGGUGUGUAUCUCUAUGGUGAAUUAAUGGUGAAUGAAGAUGCAAAACAGCAAGAACUUGCAUACAGAUGCUUUGCUGUAGCACAAGAACAAAUGGAUAUGUCCUCAGCCAAAGUGGUGGCAGAGAUGCUAUUUUGAAUAGGAAAUGGUUGUUUCCGACUGGAGCCGCCAGUUACGGCUGCUGCUGUUGACCCAAGCAUGGAUGGACCCGUCCUCCGGUGCCUACUGAGCUGAUAUCAGUUCUGAUUUUACAUACUGGCUCAGUUCAGCAGGAACAGGAGUCGAGCCCGAGAGCAAAAAAUAAAAAAAAUAAAAAAAUAAAGAUGUAAAAGAUGUAAACAUGAGAGCCUUUGUUACUGUUUUCUCUCUAAAAUCAAGAUAGUGUACAUAAUGCUGUCCUGAUGUUAAACACCAUACUCUUAAGGUGGAAAAUCUACCUCAGUACUAUUUAGAGAACUGUUGGCUUGUGACAAGAGGUAUGUGGAUAUGUGUAAUAUUGCACAGCAGCACAGCAUUGCCCUGGUAACAGCUCCAUCAUUAUUUCCAGAGUAACCUGCUAAUAACUGGGGGGAAUUGCUUGUUCUUUGGCUCUUCUAUGUCUUCUCCAAACAUCGUUGUGGUAGCUCUAAAGAGAUUUCCCAUUGCUCAGACUUCAUUCACAGAAGAUAUAAUGGGAAACAGUGCAUUAAAGUACAAUUUCAGCUUUAUUAACUUUGUAACCUCAGUUACGCUCUACUAGUAACCUAAAAAUAUAACAUUUGAAAUAGAAGAACACAGAGAUACUGCUUUAUUGUGACAGAGUAAUAACUUUUAUUGCUCUUUCCGUUACAGGAAAGAUCACAGAGAAAUUCUUUUAAUCUAUCUCCUACUAAACCUCGGUGGUGCUAGGAUUUCCUUGACCCAAGACAUCAAAAGAAGGAUUAAGUGACUGCUAAAACAAUCAGCUGACAGAAACAUUUACCUUUCAGUGUUUGUUUUCCAGAGGCUCACUGUAACCAAGAACAGGUAAAAAUGCACAGACACAAACCAGCUCUGUACACAUAUACACAAAAUCUAUUGUGGUUCUAGGCAGUCCCUACGAUACAAACAGUUUGACAGGAUCUGAUGAAAUUUGAUAAACGCUUAUUCUGUAUUUUAAGAUUUUGUUUGUAACUUCUGAGCCACUUCAGAAAGUUAACGUAAAAUUAGCUGGGUGGUAGAGUGGGGAGAUUAAUUGGAAGAUGGAAUUGUCUCUGGAAGGUGACCGGCCAUUGAUCUGUUGAUGGGAUGGGACUUAAGAAGAAGUUUGCCCCUGUCUUGGUUAGGUUAACUGAACUUCCACCUCUCAAAUUCUGGAAAUGUUUUCUACUCUUUUUUUUUUUUUUUUUUUUCCUUCAUAGCAAACUAUUAAGUGUAGUUCUUCAUUUAUAGGAUUGGCAUCUCUACUGAUUGCAGUGCAAUUAUUUCUUUCAAAAAAUAAGACUUUAAUAAACAGAUGCUUGUGAACAUGC